AAAGGAUAUGUUUCGCUUUAAUCAUAAUGGAUGAUAAGAACACUGGUUCGGGGGGGUCCCUUUUUUCACAAUAUUCUGACCUAUCCCCCGGAAAUAGCCCAUCACGAUCCUCAGAGCAAACUAUUGCUAUAGAUACAGAAGAUCAGACAUAUACAACCAACAUGGUCUCCGCUCAAGACAGUGGUGACCCUAAAAAACGCCACAAACAGCGUCCUACAGAAAAGAAAAUCAAACACGUUAUGAAACCGCCAGUAGUUCUUACACCCGCAAGGGUGAUAGAAGAGUUUAAAAAAGGCAACUUAACAAAGUUCGAAGCAACGGAAGCCGUUAUACGAUAUCGCAUAAAUACAAUGCUUCCUCACAAGUCAGAUGGUACACAUGUAGAUAAAGAAGGAAAUGUAAUAAUUCCCAAGGGAUAUGAUUUCGGUCCUGGUAAAGACUCUAAAGGUCGACUAUUCAAAAGAGGAGGCCUCACCAGAAUAGAGCGUGAGAUACUUGCGUACCAAAAAAGCACACACCAUCUUAUUCCCAGAGCAGCUUUUGCUAGAAUCGUACGCGAAAUUGCACAAGGAUGGUACAAGGGAGAAGGGCAGAUAAAGUUCACUGUUGAGGCCCUCUCCGCACUCCAAACUGCUACAGAGGAUGAAAUUACAAAAAUAUUAGAAAUUUCUACUGCGUGUUCAUAUCACGCCAAAAGAAUCACACUGAAAAUAGAUGACAUGAGAUUAGCAAGGUUCUGUAGGGGUAGACAAGAGUAUGAAUCUUUCAAUAUUAUGAGAUAG